UCCGUACUGAGAAAGACCUGUCAUUGCGGGGUUGUCCCGGGCACGGCCAAUUAGGCCGGGCAAAAAACACCGGGCCCAACGAGACUUACUUCCACAAACGGACUGUCAAAGGAAGUAGUGCCUCGCUUGCUACCAUGCCAAGACAUUCAUUAUCUAAACGUGGAAACAGGCAGGCUCAGAACUUGAGAAGUGUGACCGCUUCAGGAAUGACUUCUUCACAACUUACAGGCCAGCCUACAAGCCUGAGCGCAUACAUGACGACGACCGGCACGAUGGCACCCUCGGUGUUUGCAGAUUCUAUCCAGAGGUUCGCAUACAUAAAUGAGCUUGCCGCCAUGAGCUUGAGAACAUUUUAGAAGAACAUCAUCGCACGCUCAACGCCAAUCGACAAGACCGAACACCACAUACCCCUCCAACACCACCAGACUCUCCCCACAAUGCCUUCCCUCGUCGGCAAACAAAUCGGCUCAACCGGCUUCGGCCUCAUGGGCCUCGCCACCCGCGUACCUCCGAUCUCGGACGAGCAAGCCAUCGGCGCCAUGCGCGCCGCCAUCGAGUCGGGCAUGACCUUCUGGAACGGGGGGGACCACUACGGCACCCCCGAGCGCAACUCCCAAACACUGCUGGCCAACUACCUCCGCCGUUACCCAGAGGAUGCGGACAAGAUCGUGCUCAGCGUCAAGGGCGCCUUCGACUUCGCCACCAUGUCGCCCGACGGCUCGCCCGAGGGCAUCAGGAAGAGCAUCGACAAGAUCCUCGCCGAUCUCGACGGCACGCACAGGAUCGACAUUUUCGAGUGCUCGCGCGUCGACCCCAAGAUCCCGCUCGAGACGACGCUCAAGUUCCUCGAGGAGGGGUACGUGAAUAAGGGCAUCAUUGGCGGAAUCGCGCUCAGCGAAGUCGCAGCUCCGACUAUCCGUCGUGCGGCUGCCAUCACAAAGAUUGUGGCUGUCGAGGUCGAAGUCAGUCUGUGGAACACGCAUGUCCUGGAGAAUGGCGUCGCCGCCGCCUGUGCCGAGCUGAACAUCCCUAUUGUCGCCUAUUCCCCCAUUGGUCAAGGCAUGCUCGGCGGCCUGUUCAAGUCCCUCGACGAUCUCCCCCAAGGCGAUCUGAGGCGCUACUACCCACGGUUCCAGCCCGAGAACUUCGCCAUCAACCUUGAGCUCGUGAAACAGCUCGAGACCCUGGCCAAGCAGAAGGGCUGCACCCCCGCGCAGCUCGCUCUCGGGUGGAUUCAGAGCCUGUCAAAGAAGCCGAACAUGCCGACUUUUAUCCCCAUCCCCGGCGCGACGACCGAGGCGAGGGUGCGCGAGAACGGUGUCCAUGUCGAGCUGAUGGAGGGGGACCUCAAGGCUAUUGACCAUGUCCUGGCCAAGUUUGAGGUUGUCGGUGAGCGCUACCCGGCUGGUAUACCGACUGAUGGCUAGUUGGCUAUCAGGUUCGGUUGUAAUUGAUGGCUAGCCACACGGUUGAGAAUGUGAUAGUAGCUUUUGCUGCAUCGGUGCACUUGGAGUUUGGUGGAAAAUCGAGGUAGAACAAAUAAGUUUGGCGACCGUACGCUUGCUUUAGCGGCCCAAAGCAGCCGACAUUGAGUGGCUGGAGGAUGUGGGAAGAGUGCGGACGCAUGCAGAGUGUGAUGAUCUGAUGCUCCUGGCAGUAGAGCUCGAAUUCGGUCGAGUGGUGGGUCUCGUGGCCGUCAAGGAUCAACAACCGGUAUUUGCCCUUCGUACGAGGUGCUGUAUGGAAGUCGAAGUGCUUGAUCCAAUCAAGGCCUACGGCAUUGGUUGCCCAGCCGUUAUCGGUGGUUGCGAUACGCCAGUCGGCCGGGAGGUUACAUUCUUGAUACCAGUUGGCGAG